GUUCACUUGCACGGCUUAUGACCAUUACUUUUAUAUUCCUGUUAUUUAGGUUGGAGAAUCAAAGCUUGUGCUAGAGAUAGGACAGACAAAUCUUCAGCACCAAAAUGCCAAGCCAUAUACUGAUGAUAUGAUUCUUUCUAUGGCGCUGGCUGAGUGUGCAGUUGCGAAGAUUGGCUUUGAGAAGAAAAAAGUAUCUCAAGGUUUCGAAGCUCUUGCUCGUGCCCAGUGUCUUCUAAGAAGUAAACCAUCUCUUUCGAAAAUGACACUGCUAUAUCAGGCAUGGAACACAAUCCUGAGGAUGCUUGUCAUGGUUUCUAGAUUGAAGAAUCUCUUGAAGAGCUUGCGCCAGCUUGCACCUUGGAACUACUGAGCAUGCCACAGGCUCCUGAACAUGUUGAUAGAAGACGAGGUGCAAUUUCAGCUUUGCGUGAAUUGCUCAGGCAGGGUCUUGAUGUUGAAGCUUCAUGCCAAGUACAGGACUGGCCUUCCUUUCUGUGCCAAGCAUUUGACAGUUUGCUGGCUAAAGAGAUUGUUGAUCUUCUUCCUUGGGAUAACUUAGCUGUGAUGCGAAAGAAUAAGAAGACGAUUGAAUCACAGAAUCUAAAGGCAGUAAUAGAUUCUAAUUGUUUUUAUAGAGUUUUUAAAGCUCAUAUGGCAAUUGGGUUUUCCAGCAAGCAGAAAGAGUUGAUUAACAAAGCAAAAGGAAUAUGCGAAUGUUUGAUAGCUUCAGAGGGUAUUGAUCUGAAAUUCGAGGAAUCUUUUUGCUUAUUCCUACUUGGUCAGUGCACGGAGGCUGAGGUGGUUGAAAAGCUUAAACAACUUGAGUUAAACUCAAAUCCCAAAAAUAAUUCAGUCUUGGGGAAGGCAAUAAUGGAUGCUUCUGCCGUAAACCCAUCAUUGGAAAUUUGGCUGAAGGAUUCAGUUCUUGCAUUAUUUCCGGAUACUAAAGAUUGUUCUCCAGCUUUGGGCCAUUUCUUUAAUGCUCAGCAGAAAUUUUCUGGAAGCAAGAAUUCUAAAGGAGGAGCUCAACAAAUGUUGCCCACUAUAUGUCAUAGACCUCUAUCCUCAUCUGGAUCCUUGGAACGAAGAGAAGUUGAGGAAUCUCGCUCAUACAUGAGCUCUUCUCCUACUGUAGGGUUUGCUGUCAAGCAGCUGACUCCUACUGAUUUGCGGAGUUCAUUGCUAUCAGGUAGAAAUGAAAAUGUAAGCAAUCCUAUAGAGCCACCAGUUCAAGUGAAAAGGAACCUUGGUAGUCAUCGGAGUUCAGGAAUUUGGCAUGGUUACUUCCCUCAAGGACACAUAUUUGGAAGAAUAACAUACUUUACUGUAUUGGGUUGUAUUGCAUUUGCUUCCAUUAAGUUGUCAGGAAUUGGCGUAAGCAAGACUCUUAUUGGUUCUCAUUCGGCUUUUACUAAAGCAAAUGAUAACAUUAAUUGGGCUGCAGAUUCAGCUGACAACCCUGUAGGCCCAGCUUAUAUUAGGCAAAGUACUGUGGCCAACAAACUGAAGAGGAUCCUUUUGAUGUUUAAGAUACAUUUGUUGCAGCAACCAGGUGCCCGAAAUCAUGAUUUACGUACGACCAGUACCUCGUCUUCUAUUAAUAUUUCCAGAAGGCCAAUGCCUGUGGAAGAAGCAGAAACCAUUGUUAGGCAAUGGCAAACAAUCAAAGCUGAAGCUUUGGGACCUAGCCAUGAAGUUAGUUCCCUAGCUCAAGUUCUUGACGAAUCAAUGCUUGCUCAGUGGAACGGUUUGGCCACUGCUGCAAAAGAAAGAUCCUGUUACUGGAGAUUUCUUUUGCUCAAGUUAUCCAUCAUUCGAGCUGACAUUCUAUCAGAUGGAAAUGGAGCUGACAUGGCAGAAAUAGAAGCUCUCUUAGAGGAAGCAGCUGAACUCAUUGACGGUUCUCGGCAAAAGAACCCUAACUAUUAUCUCUCUUACAAAGUCAAGUAUGCUAUGAAGAGGCAAGACGAUGGAUCAUGGAAGUUCUGUGAAAAUGAUAUAAUAGAAACACCAUGACGUUUGGCUGAUUAUUACUAUGCCACGCCAGGGUAACUUAUGUUGCACACCUAACUUGGUUCCUCCCCUAACCUUCUGUUUUCUGGAGCCUUAAAUUUCAAAUACAGAUCUCCAUUCAGGUCAAUGAUGACACCUAAGUAUUUCACUUUACACAAUAUAAGAUCCUACACCCCCUCUUCUUUAUGAUCUUUACCUGUAAGAAAUUCAUUGGGAUUUAUAUGAUCCUACUGAUUGAUUCGAAUUCAUUGUGAUGUAUCAGAAAAAAAAUGAAAAAAAUAACAUUUCUGAUUCAA